AAAAUUCAAAAAUCAGAGAGAGAGAGAGAGAGAGAGAGAGGGAGAGAGAGAGAAGGAGCAUAUGCUGAUUGAGAAGAACUGAGUUUAGCUCUAUUAGCUUAAACAUUUCACGGAAUCAGUUAGGGUUUCUGUUCUUAAGCUCUUCAUUCAGAAUGUUGAGGGAUUUCAAGUUCCUGCGAAGAAAUCCGAGCAAAGACGAUGAAAUCGAGAAUGUGCCCGUAAAUCCAAGAGAUUCUCUGGUAUCUCAAGCUAGCACAGAUUCCUCAUCUAGGGCUCCACUUAACUCUAUUCAAGAUCCAGUGACAAAUCCUAAACAUGAAGCUGAGAUGGGUUUUCGAAGUAAAAUGGAAAGAACGCCAACUAAGCACAAGCGCAUAAACACUGAUUCCACUCUGCCUCUUCGUACUCCUGAUAGAUAUGGAACUGGGUUUUCGUCCAAGAACCGAUUUGGGUGGGCCCAGAAGAAUGAUUCCUGUUCGAAUCCCAAUGAGUAUCAUGAGGAUUCCAGAAUUGAUAUUGUGGAGAAUUAUUCGAGUCAUGUGAGUCGGGGAGUCGGAAAUGUAAAUGGGGGUUUGCCCAGUAUAACUCCAAGGACUACUAGGGGAGUUGGGAGACCUACUCCAAGCUAUACUGAGAGCAGUUCCACACAAAGUACGCCCACCAAGAGUGUUACGAAGCCUCCAGUUUCAACUGUUAGGAGCAGGAAUGAUGCCCAUGGCAUGCGUGCAGGAAAUCUUGGCUCAUUGUACAAAGGAAUACCAGGUCUUUCUGGCCCAACUACAGUUGUCAAUACAGUCGAAGUGCCUCACUUCGAUCUUAAGGAGGAUCCAUCGUUUUGGAUGGAUCACAAUGUACAGGUUCUUAUACGUGUGCGCCCCCUCAAUAGCAUGGAGAAGAGUAUGCACGGUUAUAGUAGAUGCUUAAAGCAGGAGAGUGCUCAGACCAUCACAUGGAUAGGGCAACCAGAAACUCGAUUCACAUUUGAUCACGUUUCAUGUGAAACAGUAGACCAGGAAAUGCUUUUUCGGAUGGCUGCUCUGCCAAUGGUGGAGAAUUGCUUGUCUGGCUACAAUAGCUGUAUGUUUGCCUACGGUCAGACAGGAAGUGGGAAGACAUACACAAUGCUUGGUGAGAUUGAAGAUUUAGAAGUCAAGCCAAGUCCACAUCGGGGAAUGACACCACGAAUAUUUGAAUUCUUGUUUGCCAGAAUCCAAGCUGAAGAGGAGAGCAGAAGAGAUGAAAAACUAAACUAUAAUUGCAAAUGUUCUUUCCUAGAGAUUUACAAUGAACAAAUUACAGACCUCCUUGAUCCAUCAUCGACCAAUUUGCUUUUGCGAGAGGAAAUUAAGAAAGGUGUUUAUGUAGAAAAUCUCUCUGAAUACGAGGUGCAAAGUGUGUCUGAUGUUCUAAAGCUUUUAACUCAGGGUUCUUUAAAUAGAAAAGUUGCUGCAACAAAUAUGAAUAGAGAGAGCAGCCGUUCCCACAGCGUAUUUACAUGUGUAAUUGAGAGUAGAUGGGAAAAGGAUUCUGCAACUAACUUAAGGUUUGCAAGACUGAAUCUAGUUGAUCUUGCUGGUUCAGAAAGGCAGAAGACUUCGGGUGCUGAGGGUGAGCGUUUAAGGGAAGCUGCUAACAUCAACAAAUCCUUGUCUACACUGGGUCAUGUAAUUAUGAUUCUUGUGGAUGUUGCACAUGGGAAGCCAAGGCACGUUCCUUAUAGGGAUUCAAAACUGACCUUUCUUCUCCAGGAUUCGCUGGGUGGAAACUCAAAAACAAUGAUCAUUGCUAAUGUCAGCCCUUCUAUCUGCUGUGCAGCUGAAACAUUGAAUACCCUAAAGUUUGCUCAGAGAGCAAAGCUAAUUCAGAACAACGCUGUCAUCAAUGAAGAUUCCACAGGAGAUGUCAUUGCACUACAACACCAGAUCCGGCUUCUAAAGGAAGAGCUUUCUAUUCUCAAGCGUCAAAAUGUCUCAAGGUCCUUGUCAUUUGGAUCAACAACAAUUGAUAGAAUGCAAGAGCAAUAUAGUGAUUACUUAGAUGACACAUAUGAAACGGAAAAACAGCAGGGUGAGGAUUUGCUUGGCUAUGAAUCUGAAGGUGUUGUGAGAAUGUCUGCUAAGCAGCUUAAAUCUGUGGAGAGAACCCUUGCUGGUGCGCUGCGAAGGGAGCAGAUGGCAGAAACUUCUAUCAAGGAGCUUAAAGCUGAAAAUGAACAACUGAACCGUUUGGUUCGGCAAAGAGAGGAAGAAACCAGAAGUACUAGAAUGAUGCUUCGUUUUCGAGAAGAAAAGAUUCAAAGGAUGGAAUUGCUUCUUGGAAGCAACAUACCUGCAGACUCCUUUUUACUGGAGGAGAACAGAGUAUUGACCGAAGAGCUUCAAUUGCUCCAAGCUAAAAUUGAUAAAAAUCCUGAAGUAACUCGCUUCGCAUUGGAGAACAUUAGGCUCUUGGACCAACUAAGAAGAUUUCAAGAAUUCUACGAGGAUGGGGAGAGGAAGAUACUCUUGGCUGAAGUUUCCGAUUUGCGGAAUCAGUUACUCCAGUUUCUUAAUGGGAACUCUGAGCAGCAGAGCCAUCCCAACUUGAACGUUCAGACACAGGAGGCAAUCAGCAUCAGCAAGGAGAACAACUCUCUCCAUUUAGAGUUGAAAAAGACUCUCAAUGAGCUAGAAGAAUGCAGGGACAAUCUCAGUUCCUGCUUAGAAGAAAAUGCAAAACUUUGUAGAGAACUACAUGACCUUCGUUCCACCUUAAACAGUCUUAACUCUGCUCCAGCUGAUCAGGACAACAAUAAUAAAACCAUAAAGGAAUCAUUGGAAGCUCAAAGUGAUCGACUGAUGACAGUGCAAUCUACCCAGGCUACGGACUAUGCUGAAGCAAUCAUGGAUUUGCAGCUUGAAUUAGAUAUAGUAAAAAUUAUUCUCAAUGAAGAGAAAUCAUUUCGUGCAGAAAUGGAAGAAAAGGCAUUUUCCUUAAAUAGAGACCUUAAGCUGUCAAAAGAGCAACUCUUGUUGGUAAACCAACAAUAUGAAGAUGCAAACAAUGAACUCAAAGAAGCGAGGUCUGUAAUUGAAGCUCUUGAGUCGCAACAAAUUUUAUCAAUCAAUGAGAUGGAGGACCUGAAGAAAAGCAAUAGCCAUCAUCGGAAUCUUUUGCGCAAACAAGAGAUUGAAACCAUUUCUUUGAAGGAGAAAAUUUUUAGCAAAGAGGUAAAGGAUCACCCACCCACAGAUGGCAAUGAGAAAUCUGCAAUACAAUCCAAGUUGAAAAAGAUGCAAGAUUCUCUUGAGACGAAGCAGCUGAAUAUAUGGUACCAAAGUGAUCUUGCUUUUCAGGUGUCUAAUGAGGAAGAAAUGGAUGAAGUUCGUCGACAGGCUGAAGCUGAGACUGCUGAGGUUAUUGUAUGUUUGCAGGAAGAACUUUCUGUUCUUCAGAAAGAAGUCCAAGUGUGUCAAUUGAGAGAGAUUGAAACUAAAAAGAAGUUGGUGCUUUUGGAAGCUGAGAUGAAGGAACUGCAAGAAAAAUUAUUCCUGAUGGCUGAAGAUAACAAUCAGUUGUCAGGAAAGCUUGUUGAGAAGGAUGAAGAACUAAAAAUAUUAUCAGAAGAAUGGAAUCUACUAACCUGUGAGCUUGAAGAAAUUCUUGUCAAUGGGCAUGAAGCACUUAUUGAUGCAUCUGAUCAGGUUAACCUCAUCUCUAGUUCCUUCCCUCAGAAAAGGAUUUUGAUAUCAGAACAAGUUGGGAGGUUGAUUAGAGUUCUCUCUGAGAAGGAAUUGUCAAUUGAAGAACUUGGAAGAUGUUUAGAAGACGCAAACAACAAGCGACAGGAUGUAGAGUGCAUGCUGAAGUCUCUGAGAGGGGCAGCUUUGGUGAUUAAUGAAUCACACCAGCGUGAGUACAAUGAGAAGGAGAAGGAAAUUCUCCAGUUGAGGUCACAGCUGAGCACAAAAUCAUCCAUCAUAUUUGAGAUGGAGAACAAAAUGAACAUGUCCCAACUUCAGAUUAAUAAAUUAUCAGACUGUGCAACUGUUGCUUUUAUAGUUGUGAGUAGAUUAUCAGAAAUGAAUGCUGACCACAUUGAUGCCUUGAAACAAAAGGAUAUUCAGCUUAGAGAAUCAGCUGAGAUCAUCCAGAUGAAGGAUGCCCUUCUGGCCGAUAAAGCUAUUGUAGGUUAUGAAGCAGAAAAACAAAUUCUCUCUCUCAAAAAAGAAAUAGAAAAGUUGGAAGAAACCUGCGCAAAACUUGGAGAAAAGUUUUCCAAGGAGGAGCUACGUGCUUGUUCUAUGGAACAAGAACUCGAAGACAUUAAAAAGAACCACAUUCUGGAGGCACAAGAGAAACUCUCAGAACUAAAAUCUGGUGUUUCAAAACUCAGAUCAUGUAUGCACAUGUAUGUCGAGCACAAUGGAAGUCCUGAAGAACAUGAUACACAAGUUUGUUUGCCAGAUGAUGGCAGUAACAAAGCACAGUCAAAUGCUGAGGUGAAUCUUGAUGAUAUGUCAUUGCAUCUGGUUGAGGACCUGAGAAAUGAUUCUGCUGUCAGUAAACUGAAAGUGGAGAAUGGUGUUUCUAGCAAUUCAUGUUGUCAGAAAUACAUGGAGUUGAGGGCAACUUGCAACAAUGUAUGUGAAAGAGAUGUUACCAUUCUUCUUCUGAGAAAAGAAAUAGAAUCUGCCCUUGAAAGCUUAAAGCAGGUCCAACUUGAGAUGGACAAACUGCAAAAUGAGAAAGAAGAGAUCAGGAUGUCUGAGAAACAGAACAAUGAAACCUUGGAGUUUCUUGUCUCGCAGAUUCUUAACCUGCAAGAAGCUAUGCAUAAAUUUGAAGAGAAAUCUGCAUUUAAAAUAGAAGUUUCUAAUAAAAAGAUUGAGCGGUUUGGACAAACCAUACAGGAAGCCGCAAUCCAGUGGUGUCAACGAAAAGAGUUUCUUGAACUUGAAGUUGGUGAAGCAAAUAUAAUUGCUUCACAGAAAGCUGCAGAGGCUUCUUGUAUUGUUGCUAAAUUUUGGGAGGCCCAAGAUACCAUGAAAGAAGCAGAUAUCAUGAUCAAUGAACUCAUGAUAGUAAAUGAAAAACUGAAGCUUGAUGUGGAAAGGCUGAAGCAAACAGAAAUCAAAUUAAUAAACGAGAGGGACGCACUAUUUGGUGAGGUUCAGGGCCUGCAAUCCAGUAAUGUAAUGAAGGAUCAGGAAUUUGAAAUCCUUCAGAAGCAGUUUGGAUUAGAUUUGUCUGAAAAAAUUGAUCUUGUUGCCGAGCUGGAAAGUAUCAUCACACAGCUGCAGGAGAUUUAUAAUAACUUUAUGACUAUAGCCUAUGAUUGCUGUUGCUUGAAGUCUUUCUUUCUGGAAUCAACAAGGUCGGUUGGACUAUGUCUGGAGGACAUCUGGUCUGAGAUAAUUGCAAAGGAUUGUGCUAUUUCAGUGCUACAUCUCUGUCACAUGGGAAUUCUUUUGGAGACAGUAACAGGACUAAAUGCAGAAAAUGGUUUGCUUCAACAUGGAUUAUGUGAAUCAAACUCUGUUAUAUCAGAUCUUAGGGAGCAUAACUUCAAAGCAAUGAGAGAGCUUGAAGUGUGUAGAAACCUGAAGGGGAAACUAUUGGCUGACUUCAAGAGCAAUUUUGAUCGCAUUACAAGGAAAGAAGAGGAAGCCAGUGAGCUUGGGGCCAAGUUGAGCUCUUUUGAGAAAAAGAUAUCAGAUCUAAAGCUUCAGGAAGAGUUGAUGUUGCAAAGGUCUAACUACAUGGGAUCUCAACUUGCUAUGCUGAUGAAGGAUUUAGACUUGAGUAAUGCAAACAUUAUGGUCUCCCUUUUGGAUCAGGAAAAACUACUGCAAGAUAAAGAGUUCUUAAACUUUCAGGCUGAGUCUCUUAUGAUAAAUUUGAGCUCUAAAAACAUUGAGUCACUUAUUUUGGCAUCAAAGUUCCAAGAGAUGGUUUCUCAUUUAGCUGUGGCAGAAAAUGAGCUUUGUAGUCAGCAUGAUGUUCUUGAGAACUUAAAGAGAGACUUGAUUUUUUCCAAGGUAGAUAAAGAGUUAAAGGAGCAGUAUUUGGCUGAUAUAGAAGUUGAGGCUGCUUCUUUGAAAGCAAAAGCAAAUGAAGCAGAAGAUGAGACCCGGGACCUGUUAUCAAGGCUGAGAGACAGUAGUCUGUCAGUCACACGCUUGGAAGAGGAAAAUAAAUCUCUUAUGCAAGGGAUUCAGUCUCUAAAGAAUGUUGCUUCAUCAAAUGAUAUUUUAAAACACGAACUUGGGGAAGUUAAGGUGAAACUGCAUAACCAAAUUCAGGAAAUCGUAGUUGACCGAGAAAAUUUGUUAAAGGGUUUGAGGAUAAAAGAAGAAGAAUUAGAACUUUCUGCUGGUCGUAUAUCCAUUCUUGAGCAAGAAAACAAAAAAUUACAGGAGGAAACUUUUUCACUGGAAACAUCCUCAUGCAAACUUCAAAAAGAGCUAGAUAUGAAAGCUCUGGAGCUCAGUAGAAUGUCCUUCUUGGAAGAAGAAAAUAAAUCUCUGAAAAUUGAUGUACAAAAGCUGAAGAUGGAAAAUAGCUUGGUUAUCCGGGAUUUGGAGGAGGAGAAAUCAAAAUUUGAAUCAUCUCUAACCCACAUUCACAGUAUUGAUAUAGAAAACCAAAGGUUGCAAGAAAAACUUUUCUCCUUGGAGUCUUCCAUUGCCAGUAUACAAAAUGAUUUGGAUUUGAAAAAUGCUGAACUGAACAGACUCCAGCAGUCUCAAUCUGCCAUUAUGGAGGACCUCUGCUUAAAAAGCCAUGACCUGCAGACUUAUGUAGACAGGGUAAACACCUUGAGGGAUGAGAACAUUUCCUUGAGGGAUGAGGUUGGGAAUCUUGAAGAAGAUAAACGUGAAGCUCUGACCAUAUCAAGCUUAACUAUUGCAAAAUGCAUUCAUUCUGUAAAUUCUGUAGAUAUGAUCAAGAACGAGUUAUUUAAUCUUGUAAAUGAAGAUGGUUUUGUGAUAGUGGAUAAAUGGCUUCAGUUGAUGUGUGAAAAUUUAAACAUCAUUUCUAAGUUCACAGAAGAAGUUGAGUUCAUGGAAGGCCACAUUAUCACUCUUCAGGAUGAGUUAUUGAGGAAAGAUGAUAUUCUGCAAGGCUUGUUAUUUGACCUGAGACUGUUGCAGGAGUCUGCCUCAAAUUCAAAGGAUCAAAAGGACGAAAUGGAGGAAAUGAAGGCUUGCUUGGAAACUUUAGAAGAAAAGCUUUCCAUGACAUCAAAUGAGCUUGAUGAGGCAGUUGCUCAUAGCCAAAUGCUUGUAGUUCAGCUGAAGGAGAAAACAGAUAUGAUUUCUACAAUUGAGCUGGAUAUUUUUAAGGAACAAGAAUCUCUAAAAUUGCUUUCCAAUGAAAAUAUAGAGCUGAGAGCCCAACUUGAAGAUGCUUUGGCCUCAAAAUGUGCUCUUGAGGAGGAGAUAAAGGAGAGAAGAAAGAUGACUGAGAGCUUGGAGAUGGAACUUUUAGAAAUGGAUAAUGUUCUUGGCCAGAUGAAUGAUACAACUGAGUCCUUGAGGAGUAAUUUGAACGAACUCACUGGUGACAGAGAUCAACUACAAGAAGAGGUUCUUUCUUUGAAAGAAAGACUGGAAAAUGCAGAGGAGCAAACUAAACAAAUUGAAGCUAUUUCUUUGGAAGCUCAACAGAUAGCUGAAUCAAGAAGGAUUUAUGCUGAAGACAGGGAAGCGGAGGUGAAGCUAUUAGAGAGGUCUGUUGAGGAGCUUGAAUGUACUGUAAAUGUACUAGAAAACAAGGUUGACAUUGUCAAAGGGGAAGCUGAACGACAGCGGUUGCAGAGAGAAGAGCUAGAAUUGGAGCUUCAUUCUGUAACUCAGCAGUUGCAAAGUCUUAGAAAUGCUGAUGUUGAUAUGAAAAGGAGUUUGGAUGAAAAGGAUACUGAUCUUCAGGAAGCUAUAAAGCAUAUAGAGCUGCUUGAGAGGGAUUUAGCUGAUAAGAGUGCCGAGAUUGUCCAAUUCAAAGCACAUAUUUCUGAGUUAAAUUUGCAUGCAGAAGCCCAGGCCAGUGAAUACAAACAGAAGUUCAAAGCAUUGGAAGCUAUGGCUGAACAAGUAAAACCUGAAGGCCAUCUCUCUCAUGUUCCAAAUUCUUCAGCUAUUAAGUCAGAGAGAAACACGGUAAAAUCUAGGGGCUCUGGCUCACCUUUCAAAUGUAUAGGAUUGGGAUUAGCCCAGCAAAUUAAAUCUGAAAAAGAUGAAGAUCUUACUGCUGCAAGGCUACGAAUUGAAGAGCUAGAAGCUUUAGCAGUAAAUCGACAGAAAGAGAUAUUUGCUUUGAAUGCCAGAUUAGCUGCUGCAGAGAGCAUGACUCAUGACGUAAUUCGAGAUCUACUUGGAGUCAAAUUGGAUAUGACAAAUUAUGCGUCACUGUUGGAUAAUCAGCAAGUACAGAGAAUAGCAGAGAAGGUUCAAUUAAGAAGUCCUGGCUAUCAAGUAAAGGAUCAGGAGGUAAACAAGCUUAAGCAGCAGCUGAGUGAAUUUAUUGAGGAGAGGCAGGGUUUACCCUUAAACACUUUGCAUGGUAACAUGCAAAUCUUAAUGGACAAACAUAUUGAGAACGUAAAUCAUAAGAAGCAGAUACUGGAACUUGAAGGGGAAGUGAAGAAGCUUUCUGGCCAGCAGAACCUCCAGCAAAGAAUACAUCAUCAUGCCAAAAUCAAGGAAGAAAACAAUAUGUUGAAGAUUCAGAAUGAAGGCCUCAGUGUUAAGUUGAGGCGAGCAGAGCUUAUCCUUUCACGUGUCAAGGAUGAGCUUGCUCGUUACCGUGCUGCUAUUGGAAAAGCUCCAGAUAUUAAUUUUGAUGAGGAGCAACGACUGAAAAGCAAAUUGAAGGAGUUUGAGGAUGACAAGGUCCAACUUGCCGGAAAGCUCGUAGGCCUUUGUACCAGUAUCUUAAAGGUAGCUGGAAUAAAAAAACCUGUUCCUGAGAUAAACCCUGAUGCUGCUGAAGAGGCAUUGGAGUACCUUAAGAACAAAGUGACUUCACUGGAAGGAGAACUGGAAAAUCUGCGUUUGAAGAAUAGAGUUUAUAGCGAAAGAAACCGGCUAUCUGAACUGAUGCCCCAGUCUUCGCCGUUAAGCUCAAGGACCGAUGAGAACUGUCAAACUCCGAGGAGGGUAGCUCAAGCUCCAUUUUUUUCUGCUUUAGAUAGAUAACUUUAUUCACAGACUUCAUAAGUUAUAUACACUUCUCUGCUAUCCAUGAAUACAGUUGGGAAUUUGUGAUUAUUUAGUGCUCACCCCAUCUGAUAUCAGCCUACUUGGAGUUCCUGCGCCACGUUAGUCCUCUACCAAACACGCCUUUACGGACAAAACCCCUGUUUACAGAGGUUUAUGCCAUUGAUGCACUCUUCUUAAAAAGGACCGAGCUUCGCUUUAUUCUUUUUCAAAUCGACCGUCAUUCCGCACCCUGAAGCAUCUCAUUCUCGAGGGUUUGAUUACAGAAAUGAGCAUAGCAACUUGUAGUUCAAUUUCUUUUAACCGAGGGUUUUUGUGGAAGGGAGAGGCGAAGGUUUUCAAUGUAAGGCAGCGAAGUGUGAGGCAAUUUUUUGGUGGAAAUGUAGCUAUUUCAUCAAGAUGCAUG